AUGAUGAACGCACAGGCAUUGGCCCACACUCUCUGGAAAUGCCUGGGAAAGCUGCUGGUGAUCCUAGAGCUGUCUGUUCAAGGCAACUUCUUAAACACAUCGGCCAUCCCCCGCAGAUGCCCCCUUGUCUGCAUAUGUACCUCGGACCUUCUGAGCUGUGCCAAGCAAGGUCUCCAGCAGGUGCCAGUUGCACUUCCUCCCACAGCUACCACCUUGGAUCUCAGCCACAACGCCCUCUUCCAGCUUCACAACCAUUGGCUGGCAGCCCUACCACGCCUCCAGGCCCUCCGCAUCAGUCACAAUCGCAUCAUGGACCUCUUGCCUCAGGCGUUCCACAAUGCCACAGACUUGAGACACCUGGACAUGUCCUCCAAUUACCUGCAUGCCAUCGAGAAGCACUACUUUGAAGCGCUGGUGCGCCUCGAGGAGCUCCUGCUCUACAACAACUGGAUUGUACAGGUAGAUGAACAAGCCUUCCUCAGGCUAAGCAGCUUGCAGAAGGUCUACCUAAGUUGGAAUAACCUAACCCAAUUCCCCUUCAGCUCCAUGCAGGGGCUUAGCCACCCUAACCUAACGACCCUGGACCUCUCCACCAAUAACCUGAACAGAAUCCCCAUCGAGGAGGUCACAGCCUUGCCUGUGUACAUCAGAAAUGGCUUGUACCUGCACAACAAUCCAGUAAAGUGUGAUUGCUCGCUCUACCAGAUGUUCAAGCAGUGGCAGCAGCGGCACCUCAGCUCAGUGCAGGAUUUCCUAGAGGAACACACAUGUAUGGCGUUUGACAACACAGCACGAUCCUUAGUCAGGUUCCUCAAGUACAACAAGAUCUUUGAGAAUUGCUCCCUGAGCCAGGGCUCACCUGGCACCUCAGAUGUGCAUGCCACAGUGCUCGUAGGAGAGACUCUGCUAAUCAACUGCAACACGAGCACGCACGACACAUCUGCCACCUACAUAUGGCUCUCGCCCCGCCACGAGCCCAUCAUGCACCCUGGAAAUGGCAAUCGCACACUUGAAGUUUACCACAAUGGGAGCCUGAAGAUCAUCGCAGCCAAGCCUUGGCACUCUGGGGUGUAUGUGUGCAUGGCUAUUGGCAAGCACCACCAGCUCAACAAGACGCACGAGGUCAACGUGACCAUCCACUACCCCAUGCUGGAUGGGGAGUCCUUCAGCACCGGCCUCACAACCCUCCUCGGGUGCAUAGUGAGCCUCGUGCUAGUCCUCAUGUACUUGUACCUCACUCCGUGCCACUGCUUCCAGUGCUGCAAGAAAGCCGCUGCUCCUAGCCCUCCCCAGGAAUGCAGCGCUCAAUCCUCCAUUCUGAGUACCACCCCCCCAGCCCCAGAUGGGCCCAGACGGAAGAUCAGCACCAGCAAGCACGUGGUGUUCCUUGAGCCCAUCAAGGAAGUGCACAAUGGUAAGAUCAGGCUGGCUGCCAACAAGGACGUCACUGACACCAAGAAUCCCAACCUCCUGCAGCUCAAGUCAGACUCAGAAUCCGUUAGUUCCAUCUUUUCAGACACUCCCAUCAUGUCCUAG